AUGUUUUUCAUUUUUUUCAGCUAUGCACUUUCACAUCCAGGACAUGAUCAUCAUCACCAUCAUCACCAUGGAGAUGAAGACUCUGAUGAUGAACUAGAUUUUAACCCUCCAAACUUCACUUCAAGUGAUGAUCCUGAUUCUCCUUACUAUGUUCCAGGAAAAUACAAUCCAAAGCUUCACCACCCAGUAGAUAAGGAUGGAAACCUAAUUUGCGCCAAAAAUGCAUAUGAAAAUGAAUACGGCUGUCAGUGUAAUGAUUCAUUUCCACUCGGAGAUCCAUACGACACUGUCCAAGGUUGUUAUAACUGCAAAGAUAAAUGUUCUGAGUAUGCCUUUUGCCAAUAUCCUGGCAAUUGCAAGUGUUUUGAUGAUUAUACGGGCGAUGGUCUCAAAUGCAUCCAAAUUCAGCCAUCUAUUAACUUUGUGUACAGAGAAAACAAGACAUUUGCUAAGGUUAGAAUGAUUUACGCUUCUGAUGAUCAAAUGACUGAAGCUUGGUGCAAAUUUGAAGAAACUAUUGUUAAGGCAAUUGAAGUUGAUCCAGAUUACGUACUUUGCAAGAUCCCUCGUGAAAAAGAUCGAAGAAUUUUAGUUUCGAUUUCAAAAGAUCGUAAAAGUUGGUCUAAGGAAGGAGUUUUAACAGAAAAUGUCGAAGACACAACCGAUUAUUCAAAGAAUAGACUUUGUUUAAUUAUUUUCAUAAUUUCCCUGAUUAUUUUGACUAUUAUCUUAAUGCAUGCCAAAGAUCCAGUGCAAACAGUUAAACAGCCAUUUGCCGUUCAAAAAGCAAGGCCUCGUCGUUAUAUUUUGUAA